UGCCCUCACACGUGUCUGAGUGUGGCCCAUCAAGAGGAAGAAUAGAUGCAAAUGUAUGUGUAGAAGAAGAAGCUGAAACAGGAGUUUCCAUGCAGGAGGCAGAGUCACACACACAAUGGGUGGUAUCAUAAUUUGUGGAAAGAUGUGUUCACUGGGCACAGAGGUGCGGUUGACCGCUAUUUCGGUCAUCGUCCAAGCCGCAGUAUGGUUGUUGUUGAUGAGAGGAGGUGUGAACGCAGCAAGGCACAUGGAAUACAACACUACGUCACACCCGGUGCAACACCAAAUCAAUGCGCACCUGGUCUGCCACACACAUGACGAUGUGGGCUGGCUUAAGACCGUGGACCAGUAUUAUGUGGGUUCGAACAAUUCUAUUCAGGUGGCGGCGGUGCAGUAUAUUCUGGACUCGGUUUUGAAGUCUCUGCUGCAGAAUUGCGACCGGAAGUUCAUGUACGUGGAGCAGGCAUUCUUCCAGCGGUGGUGGCGAGAGCAAAACCAUCACAUGCAGAGUUUGGUUCGGCGGCUUGUCGACAGAGGGCAACUGGAGUUCUUGAAUGGCGGAUGGUGUAUGCAUGACGAGGCAUCCACACAUUAUGUGGACAUGGUUGAUCAGACCACUCUUGGGCAUCGGUACAUCAAAUCACAGUUUGAUGCAGUCCCGCGCAUUGGAUGGCAGAUUGAUCCAUUCGGACAUUCGUCCGUUCAGGCUUCGCUGUUGUCUGCUGAGGCAGGCCUUGAUGCAGUUUUCUUUGCACGUGCUGACUACCAAGAUAUCGAGAAUCGGCGGAAGCAGAAAUCGAUGGAAGUCAUCUGGAGAGGAUCGAAAUCCCUUGGAGCCACCGCACAGACGUUUGCGGGGAUCUUGCACCACCACUAUGAUCCACCGAAAGGCUUCAAUUUUGAAAUAAAUUCCAAGGACCCGCCCCUCCAGGAUGAUCCUGAACUGUUUGAUUACAAUGUACAGGAACGGGUGGAUUUAUUUGUGGAAAAGGUGCUUGAGCAGGCCUCCCAAUUCCGCACGAAUCAUGUCAUGCUCACUAUGGGAGAGGAUUUCACCUAUGGAAAUGCAAACACAUGGUUCAAACAGCUUGACAAGCUGAUCCAUUAUGUGAACCUCGAUGGGAGGGUCAAUGUGUUUUACUCCUCACCAUCCAGUUAUGUGGAUGCGAAGAAUGCUGCAAAUGUGAGCUGGCCUCUUAAGACAGAUGACUACUUCCCGCAUGCAAACUCGCCGCAUUCAUACUGGACGGGCUACUUCGCAAGUAGGACAGCUCUGAAGGGCUAUGUUCGGUCCCUCAGCGGAUAUCUGCAGGCUGCACGACAGCUUGAGUUCCUCCUAGGUCGGCACCAGAGUGGGACAACUCAACCACUUGAAGAAGCAUUGGCCAUUGCCCAGCACCAUGAUGCGGUGAGCGGCACAGAAAAGCAACACGUUGCAAAUGACUUUGCAAAGAGACUGGCAAUUGGAGAGGCGGAGGCGGAAAAAGUUGUGAGCAUGGCCCUGCUGGAAUUGCUUGCACUGCAGGACCAGACAGAUGGCCGGAGGACGAUGCUGGAGGGGAGUGUAAGGGGAAGGAGCGACUCCGGUGGGGGGGGGAUCCCAUUGUUGCCCGUCGUUUGUCAAUGCAGGCUGCUGAACAUCACCUACUGUCCAGUGACAGAAGCAAAAAUUUUGAAAGAGACGGCUAUAGUGAUUAUCCUCUAUAACCCACUUGCCUGGCAUCGUACAGAGGUGGUGAGAUUCCCAGUCACAAGCACAGAUGUACAUGUGGAGGACCUUCAUGGAAUAGAAGUGCUGUCGCAGAUGGUGCCGGUAGAGGUGGAAGAAGAAGCAUUGCGAGAGUUUCAUGCGGAAGCGUACACUGGUGCUAAAUUACAUAGAAGGGACCCUCUCUUCGAGCUUGUCUUCGAGGCACAAGUCCCGCCACUUGGAGUCGCAACCUAUUUCGUGGAUCACCCGACAAACCCAUCUGAUCGUGCUUCAGUGUCAGCGAUGGAGCAGCUGGAUACCAAUGCCUCUGCUUCAGGAAUAGUUGAUGUUGGGAAUGACUAUGUGCGGGUCUCGAUUGCUAAUGACACGGGACGGCUCCAAAGGAUAACGGAACUGAAGAGUGGCCUGUCGGUGGAGCUGAAGAACUCCUUCCUAUGGUACAAUGGCAGCACUGGAAACACAGUUGAGGAGCCGGGUCAGGCUUCAGGAGCGUAUAUCUUCCGGCCAAAUGGAUCUGCCGCAUUGCCUGUCGGAGGAGAGAAUGCAUCUGUAAAGACUACCAUUGUGAGGGGACCCAUUGUGACCGAGAUCCGGCAGAGGUUUUCAAGUUGGGUUUCACAGGUCAUGAGAAUUUACAGAGGUAAAGAGCAUGUAGAGGUGGAGUACACAGUCGGGCCGAUCCCCAUUGAUGAUGGCCUGGGGAAGGAGGCCAUUACCCGAUUCAGCACUGGUCUUGCGAGCAAUAAGACAUUCUACACCGAUUCCAAUGGCCGAGAUAUGAUUAGGCGGGUGAUUAACUACCGCCCAACAUGGGAUCUCAAUGUCACUGAGCCUGUGGCAGGGAACUACUACCCCGUGAAUUCCGCUAUCUACCUUGGCAAUGGCAAUGCUGAUUUCUCGAUACUUGUGGAUCGUGCUCUGGGGGGGGCGAGUUUGACGGAUGGCGAGCUCGAGCUCAUGCUUCACAGGCGACUCUUGGUUGAUGAUCGGCGAGGCGUUGGCGAGUGUUUGAAUGAAACAGUUUGUGCUGGGAGCGUUUGUCGGGGCCUCACCGUCAGGGGUAAGUUGUAUCUGAAUCUGAACCCGUCGGGGGCAGCUGCACGCUGGCGGAGAACAGAAGCACAGAAGCUGUACAGCCCUUUGCUGCCAGGCUUUUUGAUUGCUGACAGCGAUAUUGUGGGGCAGCUGAAGGCGUCAGCAGGGCCACUUGCACGAGGCUUUUCUGCAUUGGCGUCAGAGGACGGCACCGUACACGAGUUUCCUUGCAAUGUUGCUCUCAUGACGCUGCAGGGAUUACCAAAAAGGAAGGUUUUGCUCAGGCUGGCUCAUCUUUAUGAGGUGGAUGAGGAUGCAGAGAAUUCCAAUUGCACGAUUAUCGACAUCUCACCCAUUGUAAGGAAUAGACAAGGGACAGCAAAUGUGAAGUGGAUGCACGAGACUACUUUAACUGCGAACCAAGUGAAGCGAGGGAGGCGGACACUCUCCUGGAGAGUGGAAGGAGAGGAGGGAGGGACCCCGAUGACAGUGCGGCGUGGGGGGGGGGGAGAGGAAACUUUUGCCAAGAAAGGCAAUAAAAAAUAUGAUUUCCGCAUGGAACUCUGCCCAAUGGAGAUCCGGUCGUUUGAGAUGAAGCUGAAGCACAGACCGCUAGCGGAGAGACGUUGACUGCAAGGCUGAUUGAUUGAUUUGUGGCCACACGACUGCAGGUCGUUAUCUCAUUGGUCUCGGCUUUCUGGUGGUCACAAAAGUCAUGGUGCUGGGGGGGGUAAAGGCACGAUAGCUGAUGAGGGGAGGUGACCGAGUAGGAGGCUGAGGUCCAGGAAUUCAUUCAUGAUUUAGUGUGUGUAACAUUUUGGGUCUGGGCGCAAGGUGACCGGGUUUAGGAACAUGUGGUUGCGUAUGUGCAUGGGGUGUGAAGUAAACUACUGUACGGAGCUUCCUUUGUUAGUCAGUCUUUGCCACAAGAGGUAGAUCAGUCGGUAGGUUGGUUUUCAGGUAUAGCCAGGAAACUAUGUGGGGUUCAGAUGUAAACCGCCACAAAAUAUUUGAAAUUGUAUUUCAGUGCGAGCACCUCCUUGUGAAGUAUUGGGAAAAAAUAAAGAGUUUGAGUAGUGGCAGGUUGACUAGCACUAUUCAGGCCGAAGAAACUACGGAGUAGGAGUUUAUCUGGGUAUGGCCACAAAGGUACUUCUGUUUCAGCUGUUUAGUGGAUAGAACUUAGAAUUCGCAUGUGAAAAUGCAGGUGGUUGUGUUCCGAUUGGUUCAUCCGAAAGUUCUGUUAUAUAGCAUUAUCACGUCCUGUAACCCGUACUGCCCUUCGUGUAUAGUUUAGAGAAGUUAGAAACAUGGGAGAUGACUACAAGGCCUUGUUUGAUUGCAUGGCCAGUUUCGGUACAUACAGGUCCUAAUAUGGACCGUAGGUAGAUUAGCAGGAGGACCUGCUCCCACAUAGUCGUUGCUGGGCCUUGUAUUACUUUCGUGGAAAUUCUGGCAUGCAGUUUGUACUAUGUAGUAUAGACCCUUGUAAUUGUGGAUAGACAGCAGGGGGAAAAAAAAAGACAAAAGAAGACGGACAAUAGCAGCAGGCGGGUUCAAGUGCGAGGACAGACUUGCUAAUGAAGAGGAGGGCAGGUGGGGCUUGCUGUAGAAGAAGAGGGAAGGAGGGACUUCGUAUGGAGGAGAAUGACGUGGGGCUUGCUGUGGAAGAGGAGGGGAUUGGGAAGCUAAGGGUUUUGUAGAGAGCUUUCUCUAAGUCUUUCACUGUUUUUCUUUCCAUCAAUCUUUUACCUCCUGCCAUCGAGUUGGUGUUAUUCUGUCAAUCAACGCAGUCUCUCUCUUGCACCCUCUUCAAAGAAUGAUUAGAUGAUUCCUAACAUCCUGACAGACAACUGUCUCUUGGUUGUACCCUCCUCAAGCAAUGAUUCAAUGGUCUACUUAGGGAUCUGUACGUGGAUGUGCUGUGCAAUACCUGUAAUAACCCAUGUAGUAAGCCUCGCUGAAACUGAGACCCAGGCCGAACAGGGGGGAAAAGACCCCAGUCAAGACUCAGGGCAUGGACGAGGCACGGUUGACAAAGUCAACUGUCGGAAAUUCCAACAGUCAAAGUCCAAAGGUACCUAGCCCAGGCCGCAGGUCAAGCACACACACUUGUUCGUAUGCAGGUACCCAGACAACAUCAGGUCCAAGGGAGAAGUCUGCAAGUGUACAAUCCGGGCCCUCAGCGGUGAUUCAAUCAGGACGACUAUGGGAAAAGUACCCGAGGACAGACAGCCUCGACAUCUGUUACUUGAGGCUGACCUCGAGUAAGUCAAGCAUUCAGUCUUGCUAUGCUGCUUUGACGCUGGCUCGACUUUGACACAACGCUGGCUUCAUGCCGACUGUGCACAGGCGUUGCGGACGACGGCACGAGGUGGAGGCAGCAUGCUGGCGCUUCUUCAGUGCGCCAGGCCAUGCUGAUGUAGCUCUGCCUCUGGUUUACAUGGCAUGCUGAUGUGGCGCUGCCUCUGGUCUACGUGGCAUGCCGAUGUGGCGCUGCCUCUGGCAUACGUGGCGCUGUCUUUGGUCUAUGUGGCAUGUUGAUGUGGCGUUGCCUCUGGUAUACGUGGCGCUGCCUCUAAUCUACGUGGCAUGCUGAUGUGGCGCUGCCUUUGAUAU